UUCCCUUGCACCCAACCCGCUUUUUAUCUCUCUUGCGGUGGGGUUUAUACAAUUCGUCUCGUUUUCGGGUUCAACUAUACUGUCCAAAUAGGGUUUUUCUUUUCGCUUCGGCUCUCAAUUCCGUCUGUUUCGUUUCCGAGUUCUAGGGUUUAGCUAUGUAUCUCUACAGUCUCACUCUACAACAAGCCACUGGCAUAGUAUGUGCCAUCAACGGAAACUUCUCGGGAGGAAAGUCCCAAGAAAUCGUGGUCGCUCGCGGCAAAGUUCUCGAUCUCUUGCGUCCUGAUGACAACGGUAAGAUCCAAACCUUACUCUCUGUUGAAGUUUUUGGUGCUAUUAGGUCUUUGGCUCAGUUUAGGUUAACUGGUUCUCAAAAAGAUUACAUUGUUGUUGGGUCUGAUUCGGGUAGAAUCGUAAUCCUUGAAUACAACAAGGAAAAGAAUGUAUUUGAUAAAAUUCACCAAGAAACUUUCGGGAAAUCGGGGUGUCGCCGGAUUGUUCCGGGGCAGUAUCUGGCAAUUGACCCAAAAGGUCGUGCCGUGAUGAUUGGUGCUUGUGAGAAGCAGAAGCUUGUUUAUGUGUUGAAUAGGGAUACGGCAGCUAGGUUGACGAUUUCGUCGCCGUUGGAGGCACAUAAGUCUCACACGAUUGUGUAUUCGGUUGUGGGGGUUGAUUGUGGGUUUGACAACCCUAUUUUUGGUGCUAUUGAGUUGGAUUAUUCAGAGGCCGACCAGGAUUCAACUGGCCAGGCGGCCAGUGAGGCCCAGAAAGUCCUUACUUUCUACGAGCUAGAUCUUGGACUCAAUCAUGUUUCGAGGAAGUGGUCGGAACAGGUUGAUAAUGGUGCUAACAUGCUUGUUAAUGUUCCGGGCGGUGGGGAUGGACCGAGUGGUGUCCUUGUUUGUGCUGAAAAUUUUGUCAUAUAUAAGAAUCAAGGUCACCCAGAUGUUCGGGGUGUUAUUCCAAGGCGAGCAGACUUGCCUGCGGAACGUGGGGUUCUUGUAGUUUCGGCUGCCAUGCAUAAGCAGAAGUCCAUGUUCUUUUUUCUUUUGCAGACAGAGUAUGGGGACAUUUUUAAGGUGACACUAGAUCAUGACAAUGACCGGGUUACAGAGUUGAAGAUUAAGUAUUUUGAUACAAUUCCUGUUACUUCUUCGUUGUGUGUUUUGAAGUCGGGGUUUCUAUUUGCUGCUUCAGAGUUUGGGAAUCAUGCAUUGUAUCAGUUUCAGGCAAUAGGGGACGAUCCUGAUGUGGAGUCUUCAUCGGCUACAUUGAUGGAAACUGAAGAAGGUUACCAGCCAGUAUUUUUCCAGCCUAGAAAACUUAAGAACCUUGUUAGGAUUGACCAACUUGAGAGCUUGAUGCCAAUAAUGGACAUGAAAGUAUCAAAUCUCUUUGAGGAAGAAACUCCGCAGAUUUUUACACUUUGUGGGAGGGGUCCUCGUUCAUCCCUACGGAUACUAAGACCGGGUUUGGCUAUCAGCGAGAUGGCUGUUUCACAACUUCCCGGUGUCCCAAGUGCAGUUUGGACGGUGAAAAAGAAUGUCAAUGAUGAGUUUGAUGCGUACAUUGUUGUCUCUUUUGCGAAUGCUACUCUUGUGCUCUCUAUCGGUGAAACAGUUGAAGAAGUUAGUGAUAGUGGGUUUCUUGAUACAACCCCCUCACUUGCAGUUUCUUUGAUAGGCGAUGAUUCUCUGAUGCAAGUUCACCCAAGUGGUAUUAGGCAUAUAAGGGAAGAUGGACGUAUUAAUGAGUGGAGAACUCCUGGAAAGAGGUCAAUUGUCAAGGUUGGAUACAAUAGACUUCAAGUGGUUAUUGCCCUGAGUGGAGGGGAGCUUAUAUACUUUGAGGUGGAUAUGACUGGCCAGUUAAUGGAAGUUGAAAAGCACGAAAUGUCUGGGGACGUGGCUUGUUUAGAUAUUGCACCGGUUCCUGAAGGAAGACAAAGAUCCCGUUUCCUUGCAGUCGGAUCAUACGACAACACUAUUCGUAUACUAUCUUUGGAUCCUGAUGACGGUAUGCAGGUCUUGAGCGUGCAGAGUGUUUCCUCCCCUCCAGAAUCUCUUCUCUUUCUUGAAGUUCAGGCUUCUGUUGGUGGGGAGGAUGGUGCGGAUCACCCAGCUAGCCUUUUUCUUAAUGCCGGUUUACAGAAUGGAGUCCUGUUUAGAACAGUGGUGGAUAUGGUGACAGGUCAGCUUUCAGAUGCCCGUUCCCGGUUCUUAGGAUUGAGAGCCCCAAAGCUAUUUUCUGUGAUCGUGAGAGGACGCCGUGCUAUGCUUUGCUUGUCAAGUAGACCGUGGCUUGGUUACAUACACCAAGGACAUUUCCUAUUAACACCUCUAUCAUAUGAGACUCUUGAAUAUGCAGCCUCGUUUUCAUCUGAUCAGUGUUCAGAAGGUGUAGUUGCUGUUGCCGGGGAUGCAUUGAGGGUUUUUACUAUUGAGAGAUUGGGUGAAACAUUUAACGAAACUGUGAUUCCUUUGCGCUACACCCCGAGAAAGUUUGUGCUUCAACCCAAGCGGAAACUGUUAGUAAUUAUUGAGAGUGAUCAGGGAGCAUUCACAGCAGAAGAGCGUGAAGCUGCGAGAAAGGAGUGCUUUGAGACUGCUGGAAUGGGGGAAAAUGGAAGUGUGGAGCAGAUGGAGAAUGGUGGGGAUGAUGAAGAGGAUCCCCUUUCUGACGAGCAGUAUGGCUAUCCAAAGUCUGAGUCAGACAAGUGGGUUUCUUGCAUUAGGGUUCUUGACCCAAGGAAAUCAGAUACGACUUGCCUGCUGGAACUUCAGGAUAAUGAGGCUGCAUUCAGCAUAUGCACAGUAAAUUUCCAUGAUAAGGAGUACGGAACUCUUCUCGCAGUUGGUACAGCAAAGGGCCUGCAAUUUUUGCCCAAAAGAUCCUUUGCUGCUGCUUAUAUUCAUAUUUACCGAUUUCUGGAAGAUGGGAAAUCCCUUGAACUUUUGCACAAGACGAAAGUGGAAGGUGUUCCUCUUGCAAUGUGUCAGUUUCAGGGAAGAUUACUGGCUGGAAUCGGACCUGUGCUUAGAUUAUAUGAUUUGGGGAAAAGGAGAUUGCUGAGGAAAUGUGAGAAUAAGCUGUUCCCCAACAUGAUCACCUCUAUCCAUACAUAUCGUGAUCGGAUUUAUGUAGGUGACGUUCAAGAGUCAUUCCAUUAUUGCAAGUAUAGACGUGAUGAAAAUCAACUAUAUAUAUUUGCUGAUGACUCCGUUCCGAGAUGGCUUACUGCAUCAUACCACAUAGAUUUCGACACCAUGGCAGGUGCAGACAAGUUUGGCAACUUCUAUUUUGUGCGGUUACCACAGGAUGUGUCGGAUGAGAUUGAAGAAGAUCCAACUGGUGGGAAGAUAAAGUGGGAGCAGGGGAAGCUGAAUGGAGCCCCAAACAAGGUAGAGGAAAUAGUACAGUUUCAUGUUGGUGAUGUGGUUACUUGUCUGCAGAAGGCAUCUCUAAUUCCAGGUGGUGGAGAGUGCAUCAUUUACGGGACUGUAAUGGGAAGCUUGGGGGCAUUGCUUGCAUUCACAUCUCGGGAUGAUGUCGACUUCUUUUCUCAUUUGGAGAUGCAUAUGAGGCAAGAACACCCACCUUUGUGCGGAAGAGAUCACAUGGCCUAUAGAUCUGCUUAUUUUCCUGUCAAGGAUGUGAUUGAUGGAGAUUUGUGUGAGCAGUUCCCAACAUUGCCGCUGGAUUUGCAGCGAAAAAUUGCAGAUGAAUUGGAUAGAACUCCAGCAGAGAUUCUGAAGAAACUUGAAGAAGUUCGGAAUAAGAUCAUUUGAGAAUUAUAAGUCCUAAGGUUUUGGUGACAAUGUGAGCGUGCUGGGGCUUGCCCGUGGAUCUACAGGGGGCAGCGAAUUCUCUCAUCUGAUUCAAGUAUGAGCAUGGAUCGAAAACCCACUUGGGGAAACUGAGAGUGCAUUGGACAAAACAGAAAGCAGUACUUGCACCUCCCAGUUGGCUUCUUUAAUUCCUCGGGUCUUUUGUUGUUGUAAUUAGACACUAACAGAUUUUUAUGGCUUCUUUAGUGGAUUUAAUCCGUUAAUCUUUAGGUGUGAUGUUAAACUCUCCCCCUCGUACUAUACAUUGCGCGUCUUGCAGUAAGAAUAGAUUUGUUUUUAUACCGUUCUUGGCUAUCCUAGUUCAUAUGCAGCAGUAGAGAUGGUUCUUUCUCAAACAUAUUCACUUUUAACUUGUGGAAAGGAAGGUUUAUUUUCCUUCUUGAUGUGAUAGAACGUAGAAGCAGAACCCUUGAAUGAAAUCAUCUCAUUUUACACUUGGUUA